ACAUUUGAAGAGAUAUGGUAUUGCAUUUUUUGCAAUGGGAUCACAUUUCGACCGGUCGUUCACCAGGAUCACCGGCACAAUCUCGCGGGUCAAAGAACUGUUCUGCAAUGGAAGUUGGCAUGAAGCGUUAGUCCACUUCAACGAAGCGAAGCGAGCAGGAGUUGAAAUCACUCAGCCUUCUGUGAUUAAUUCCGUCGUCAAAGCAUCCUCGAAGCUCUCGAAUAAACAUGGGAAGUCCAUCCAUGGUUGGGUGCUCAAGCAGGGCCUCGACACGUUCUCCUCCGUCGGCAACUCCAUCCUGGACUCGUACAUGAAGUGCAGGGACUUGGACUCUGCGAUGGGCAUCUUCAGGUCGAUGCGAAGUAGGGACUCCGUGUCGUGGAAUGUGAUCAUUCAUUGGUUUCUUGAUCAGCGAGAUUUGGGACGAGGGUUGUGGUGGUUUCGGCGAGCCAGGGUUGAUGGAUUCGAACCCACUGUCGCCACCUUGGUACUGCUUCUCCAGGUGUGUCGUAGCACUUGGUUGAUGAAUCAACUAUUUGAGCUACAUGGUUACAUAACUAAGAGUGGGUUCUGGGGCUCUGUCCCGGUGCAGAACUCUCUGUUAGGCGCAUACACAGGCUUUGAUAUGGAGCGUGCAGAGGACAUGUUUGAUGAAAUGCUCGAGAGGGACGUCAUAUCAUGGAGUGUGAUGAUAGCUGGGUAUGUGCAUAAUGAGGAAGCUGAUCUUGGCUUGCGGAUGUUUGUAAAGAUGGUUUCCGUGGCCAAGAUUGACCCCGACGAGGUGACUUUAGUGAGUGUCCUGAAAGCUUGCACUAGUAUCCAGUCUAUGAUUGUGGGAAGAAUGGCCCAUGGCUUUGUCCUUGGAAAGGGUUUGGAUGCCGAUUCGUUCGUUGAAAAUUCCCUGAUUGAUAUGUAUUGCAAGUGUGGAGAUGUUGAUUCUGCGUUUAGAGUUUUCAGUCAUAUGACGUGGGCAAACCUCGUCUCAUGGAACUCGAUAGUUUCAGGUUGUGUUCUCAACGAAAAGUACUCGGAAGCUCUGUCAGUGUUUCGUUCAAUGGGAAAGGAUGAGAUUGAGGCAGAUGAAGUGACUCUUGUGAAUGUCCUUCAAACAUGCAAGUAUUACGUGAAUCUUUCCUGGUGCAAGUCAGUACACUGUCUAGUUUUUCGGAAAGGAUACGAAUCGAAUGACUUUCUGCAUAACUCUCUGAUUGAUGCAUAUAUAAAAUGUGGUAGGAUAGAGAUUGCCUGGGACCUUUUCAACAGCAUGGAUAAAAAAGACACUGUUUCAUGGAGCACAAUGAUUUCCGGGCUCACCUACAAUGGGGAGCCUGACGAGGCUGUCAGAGUGUUCAACGAGAUGAUACAUGCUCAAAAGAAGCCGAAUGCAAUCACCAUCAUCAAUUUGCUCGAGGCUUGUUCAGUUUCGGCCGAACUGAAAAGGUCAAAGUCUGCCCAUGGAAUAGCAAUCCGGACAUGCCUGGCACCAGAAGUAGCUGUUGGAACUGCCAUUGUCGAUAUGUACUCAAAAUGUGGCACAAUAGAAUUGGCAAGAAAGAGUUUUGACCAAAUUUCCGACAAGAAUGUCCUCUCAUGGAGCGCCAUGGUAGCUGGGUAUGGCAUGAAUGGCCUUGCACGUGAAGCCCUAACUUUGCUUGCCGAGAUGAAGCUGCACAACAUUAAGCCCAAUGAAGUGACUGCCCUUUCUGUUUUAUCGGCUUGUAGCCAUGGGGGUUUCGUCAAAGAGGGGCUUUCCUUCUUCGAAUCGAUGGUUGAUGAGUACGAUCUCCACCAAGGGGUAGAACACUAUUCGUGCGUGGUAGACAUGUUAAGUCGAGCAGGAAAGUUCGAUAAAGCCAUAGACUUGAUCAAAGAGAUGCCCGAAGUAUUGGCAUCCAAGGCCAGUGUUUGGGGGGCACUAUUGAGCGCUUCUAAAAGCUUCGCAAACAAAGAUAUGGGCAAGGACGUCGUUCCUCGGAUUCUCGAGUUGGAACCGUCGAACUCAGCAAACUACAUGCUCGCGUCGAGCAUGUAUGCUGCGUGUGGUUUGUGGAGUGAUGCUGCGAGGAUGAGGAGAUUGGCAAAAGAGAGAGGGAUCGGUGUAAUGGCCGGUUACAGCACUGUCAAUGUCAACAACAGAUCCUGUAGAUUUAUUGCUGGGGACGAGUCGCAUCCGCAAGCCUGUGCGAUACAAUCCACGGUUAAGCAGUUGCAUCGCUGCAUGAGGAUCAACGGGAUCAGCGAUUUGAUGUCAAUCGGAUGCUAAAGCACCAGUUUUUGUGAAGUUAAUCAGUUCAUCCUACGAAAGGGCAGCCGAGAUCAUGAUGUGUUUCUUUAAUGGUUGUGCUUAACAUUUACAGUUGCUCUCCUGCCCCCCCCAGGUGAUGCCGCUUUAAAGCCUACACAAUCGAACUUUCACUUGUCUUUCUAAACGAGAUAUGAAUGUAAAUU